AUGCAGGAUUCAACUAAGUAUACAGCCUUAAUAAUACCUGUACAUUUCCAACUACCACUUACGCAAAAAGUUUACAGCAGUAGUUCGAUAGAAAAACUUCUACAAUUUGUUCUUGCGAAACCAGAUAGAAGUAACAGAUCUAAUAGCAAUAAUUUAAGGCAACUUAAAAAUGAAGAGUCAAUUGUUUUGGAUAAUGGCGAGAAAUACUUAUCUAAAUGGUCUGUUAACAUGAAGCGUAUCAAGUCAACAAAUGGUAAAUUAACAGUUCAUUUAGCUAUAACUGGUAAUACAAUUUAUUUUUGUUAUUAAAAUACGUAGGUGUUCCAUUAAAAUAUAUUUUAUUUUCAUUUUUCUAUUUUAGGAAAUUUAUUAAGUGACUAUCGAGGUACAAUAAUAGACGAAUUUUAUGAUGCUGGGUUAUUAAUAAGAAGGGAAGAAAAUGAUUUAAUUGUAACUACAAAUGGGGUAUACAGAUUAGUUGGAAAUAUUAUUUUUGGAUCUCCAGAUGGAUUUUACAAUAUGUGUUUACACGUUGGAGGUAUACCAUGGGCUUGGAGACAAAUUGUUGAUUGUUUGUCAAAAACUAAUAAAAGAAAUAAAAAAAAGUCAACAAUAAAUUUUACUUUGAAAUCUCCCGCCGGGCCGCCGAUCAAGACAAGAAAAUAUGUCCUAAAAGAUCAGGUAAAAUCAAUUGGUAAUUUAUUAUUCGAUUUUAUAACUUGUCAAAAGUUUAAUGAGUUCUAUGAAUAUAAUGAUGAUAUUAUGCUUGGAUAGAAUAGUAACAAAGAAACAAUGAAAGUAGAUGGUGAAGGUACACACAAAAGGACAAGGUUUGGAAGAGCUAUUAGAAAACCGAGUAAACCAAAUCUAAGAUUAUGA